AGGCAUGAAGUAAGAGAGAACCGAGCAUGAAUUGCUUAGUUGUGACAGCAGCAACAACAAACCUGACAACCACACGACGAUAAGCAAACGGGCCCUAGACAUGGCGCCCUACGACAGCGACUCGUCCGCCGAGGACGACAACGACUAUACCGAGACCAACGUAUUGCUCGGCUACGCAUCACGGGACCCGGCCGAUGAGAACGUCAGCCGCCUGGGCGGCCGUCCCGAAUGGAUCGACGCGAGCGCGCCGCCGUCCGCCGCGCUCGCCCGCUGCCGCGUGUGCCGCGACCUGAUGGUGCUGCUGCUGCAGCUCGACGCUGAGCUGCCCGACCGCUUCCCGGGCCACGAGCGCCGGCUGUACGUCUUCUCGUGCCGCCGGCGCGCCUGCCGCCGCAAGGCGGGCAGCACCCGCGCCCUGCGCGCCCUGCGCGUGGCCCCCGACAGUGGCAUCGCCGCCCCCGCGGCGAGCGCGAAGGGAGAUGACGCCGGCAAUAAAAAGAAGAAUAAGCACGCGGAGUCCGCAACGGAGCUGCCCAGGCCGCCGGCGAAUCUGGGCGAGACGCUCUUCGGCGCUAAGGUGCUGGGGUCCUCCUCUGGCUCGGCGAACCCCUUCUCUACCGCCCCCGCGGCGACGGCGGCGAGCGCAAACCCGUUCGCAACCGCCGGGAAUCCAUUUAGCAGCAGCACUCCAGCCCCUACGCCGGCUCCUCCCGCAGAAGCCAACCCUAGCUCCGAGCCUACAUCUGCAGCGAGUGCAGAAGGGGAGGCUAAAGCCCUACCCCAAACCUUCGCGGAGGUCCUCUCCCUCAACAACAACACCGCCGCCUCCGCCACCCCGCCUGCCGCCCCCGAGCCCUGGCCCGCCGAAGCCGACCAGCCGGCGCCGUACCCGAUCGCGUACCUCUCGGAGGCCGAGUACGAGACCCUGGACCCGACGCCGGCGACGCCGCAGGUGCCUCCGACGGCGCGCCUGGACACCGACGCCGGCGACGGCAGCGGGGGGAAGGAGGACCGCGACGUGUUCGAGUCGUCGAUGGACGCGACCUUCCAGCGGUUCGCGGACCGGCUGGCGCAGAACCCGGAGCAGGCGAUCCGGUACGAGUUUGGGGGGCAGCCGCUGCUGUACGCUCGGGACGAUGCGGUGGGGCGGCUCUUCGCGCCGGCUGGCGCCGGCAUCCCCGCGUGCCCCAGCUGCGGCGCCGCGCGCGCCUUCGAGGUCCAGCUGACGCCGCGCGCCAUCGUCGAGCUCGAGGCCGGCGCCGACGCCGCCGCGCUGCUCGCCGACGGCAUGGACUGGGGCACCGUCUUCGUCGCCGUGUGCGCGCGCGACUGCGCGCCCCCGGGCGUCCCUAACGGCGCCGUCGCCUACCUCGAGGAGUGGGCCGGCGUCCAGUGGGAGGAGCUGGCCGUGCCCGCGCCGGGACCCGCGAAGGCCGCUAGGGGCGCCAAGGGGACCAAGGCCCGCCGGUAGUGGUGGGGUGGCUGGAUAGGCUGUGUGCACCGGCUGUCGGCAGAGGACCAUUCUUUGGGUUGCGUCCGCGGUC